AUGAAGAUCAUUAAUUUUGGAGUUGGUCAAGCUCAACAACAACAACCUGCAACCGAUAAAUCUCCAUGUGUCUAUAAUGACACAUCAACUGGAUUUUAUUACAAUUUGACAUCUUUGAAGUAUAUCUUAAAAAGGGGAAUUAAUGGUGUAUUAAUAUUUUUUGGGUUAAUCUUUAGAACACAAUAUUUUUCCGUAUCAGUUGGUGAUGAUAAAUAUUGGAGAUUGUCUUUUUCAGUGUGUAGUACAAACCCGGAUUGUUCAGUAGCAGACCAUUCUAAUGGAGUGAUGAGUUGCAAGAGAUGGGGCGAUUCCCUCCCUUCUACUGACAUUACAUCGCUGAUUGGUACCGCCGUAUUCCAAGAUUUGAACAAUACUCAAGGAGGAUCACUUGGUACAAUGAUAAAGUCGUACAAUCCACAGUCCAACGGAGGUGGUUGUGACAACAAUACUUACAGACUCUCACUACUACUUGUCUGUGGAGAUGUUAGAACGGUUUAUUGUUCACAGCCAACCACAUGCAAUUACACGUGUUAUCUAAUCGAUCCAGCAGCUUGUCCAACCAAAAUCUACCACUUCAACAUUAGUACCACUGUCAUUGCCAUUUGUAGUGGUACCACUGAUAAAUUCAAUACCUACAAUUGUGAUAUUGUCAAUAAUGGAAAGACCAAUUCCUACGUUGCACUCUAUUUCCAUGGAUCACAGGGAAAUGCAACAUUGUAUAAAGGUGGUGAAUUCAAGCCAUCACCAGACCAACCACAAAACAUUUGGCAGUACACCCGAGCCAUCAAACCAGGUCAAAAGGUCAAGACACAAUACAAAUUACCAAAUUCCAUUGUACAAGGUCAAAAUGGAUCAUUUGUAGUGAUAGAGUCUAUUCCAUCAAGUGUACUUGACUCUAGUAAUAGUAGUAGUAGUAGUAGUUUAUCAUCUGACACACCAAAUACUACCACUGCUACUGCCACGACUGACACAACCAAUCCAGAGACACUCCCAAGUUGUGGUACCUCUUUUAUUUUGAACUCUUUCCAAUUCACAACAAUCAUCUUGAUCGUGGUCAUGAUCCUCCAUCAACAAAGAAGAAGAAGGAGUAUUAUGGGUACGACAACAAAUGGAGGAGCUACUACUCCACCUUUAUCAUUAAUAGAAUACCAUGAAGGUAUGGGGGUAUGGAUACCCGAUGCUACAUUGGAGUGGAUCGCCGGUGACGUAGUGUCGUAUAAUAGCGACAAUGGAGAGGUGGUGGUUCGCGUUGAAAUCGAAGAGGAAGGAGAGAAAGAGAUCACAGUACCCAACAACAAGAUCUAUCUCCAGAAUCCAGACAUUCUCGAGGGUAUAGACGAUCUCGCCGGUCUCUCUCAUUUGCACGAAGCUGCCAUCCUUCACAAUCUCCAUCACCGUUACAACCUCGACCAAAUCUACACAUACAUUGGCAAGAUUCUCAUUGCUAUCAAUCCCUACCAAUCACUGCCACUGUAUGGCCGUGAAAUGAUCAGUGCAUACUAUGGUAAACAAUUGGGUGCACUCUCUCCACACGUCUACGCCGUCGCUGAAGAUGCCUUUAAAGAUAUGAGAUAUGAUGGUACAAGUCAAUCUAUUUUAGUUUCUGGUGAAUCUGGUGCAGGUAAAACUGAAACAACAAAAUUCUUAUUACAAUAUUUUGCAGCCAUGGGUAACAUGGUUUCACAUCAACAAGGAGGAUCAAGUGCGUCAUCGACCCCAUCUUUGAGUGGGUCGUCGUCUUCAAUUCCACAUCUUAAUAUCAAUAGUAACAACAACAAUGGUAGUAGUGGUAAUCCACCACAAUCACCAUCAUCAAAAAAGACAACAUCAUCUGAAAAAUCAAUUGAAGAACGUGUAUUGGAAAGUACACCAUUAUUAGAAGCUUUUGGUAAUGCAAAAACUUUAAGAAAUGAUAAUUCUUCAAGAUUUGGUAAAUUUAUAGAAAUUCAUUUUAAUGAAUUGGGAUCAAUUAUAGGGGCAAAGAUUUUAACAUAUUUAUUGGAAAAGUCUAGAUUAGUUAGACAAGUUUAUAAUGAAAGAAAUUAUCAUAUAUUUUAUCAAUUAUUAGCAGGAGCAAAUGAUGAAUUAAGAGAAUCAUUAUAUUUAAUGAAUGCACAAGAUUAUUAUUAUUUAAAUCAAAGUCAAUGUUUUGAAAUUGAUGGAGUGGAUGAUAGUGAUAUGUUUCAACGUACGUGCCAUGCAAUGGGAGUGGCAGGAAUCAACACACAAGAUCAAGAGAAUAUAUUCAAGAUUUUAUCGGUGGUGUUGUUGUUGGGUAAUAUCGUGUUUAUGGAAGAGGCAAAUGACGGGUCAUCGAUCGACGAAGGUGCUAGUGGCGGCGCAUUGGAAAAGAUUGCCACGCUACUUGGCACGUCGGCUGUAGAGUUGUCCAAGACAUUUUUAACGAGAAAGGUCGUGUCUGGUAAAGAGGUGUUUACAACAGCCAACACCAAGGAGCGUGCCGAGAAUGCAAGAGACUCGUUGUCAAUGUUGUUGUACGGUCUGAUGUUUGACUGGUUGGUCGUCAAGAUCAACGCAGCCAUGUCGGCACAACAAAAGAGCAAGUCGUUUAUUGGUAUCCUCGAUAUUUAUGGGUUCGAGUCGUUUGCAGUCAAUGGAUUCGAACAGUUUUGUAUCAACUAUGCCAACGAAAAGCUGCAACAGGUGUUUAAUCAGCACGUGUUUAAAGAGGAGCAGCAGGAAUACAUAAAGGAAAAGAUUGAUUGGUCGUACAUUGACUUUAACGACAAUCAAGAUACACUCGAUCUCAUCGAGAAACGUCCAAUGUGUAUUUUGUCAUUGUUGGACGAGGAGAGUAUGUUCCCCAAGUCGACGGGCGCGACAUUUGCAACCAAACUCUAUUCCAAGCUGACCAGUCAUGCCAAGUUUGAGAAACCACGUUUCUCGGGCACGGCAUUCACCAUCAACCAUUAUGCUGGACGUGUCACCUACGAGACUGACCAAUUCCUCGACAAGAACAAGGAUUUCAUCAUUCCCGAGCAAAUCUCGUUGCUUCAACGUUCACAAACUGGAUUUGUAAAGACUAUAUUGUCGACUAGCAACGAUCGUCUUGGUGGUGGUGGUGGUGCACAACAAAACAACCCAAACAAGCCGAGUAGCGCAGCUGCGUCGAGUUCGAUGAAGUUUAGUUCGGUCGGCUCGCAAUUCUCCACCUCGUUGGCGACGCUGAUGAAGACGAUUGGCACAACAUCCCCGCAUUAUGUGCGUUGUGUCAAACCCAAUCCCGACAAGGCACCACAUACAUUCAACAAACAUGAUGUGAUUCAUCAACUGCGUUGCGGUGGUGUCAUGGAGAGUGUGCGUAUUUGUUGUGCAGGUUUCCCAACACGUCGCACAUUGGUUGACUUUUACCCACGUUACAAGAUAUUGUAUCCUGCUUCGGCACAGGUUGCCAAGGCGAUUAGAGGAACACAGUCGACUAGCAAGGAUCCCAAGGACGUGAAUGCCGUCAAGCAGGCACAGGUACGUGCACUUUUAGAGGGUAUCGAGUUGUCAGACGACAAGUACAAGCUCGGUACUACCAAGGUGUUUUUGCGUGCUGGUCAGCUUGCCGCUCUCGAGAAUAUGCGUAUGGACAAGCUCAACGGCAGUGCCACCACCAUCCAAACAGCCUGGCGUAAAUACAUAUGUGCCAAGCAGUACCGUGCCUUGUUGCGUGCCGCCGUCACAAUCCAAAACAAGAUCCGAUCACAAUUGGCUCGCAACCAAUUGGCACAUCUGCAACGCAACCAUGCUGCCAAAGUCAUCCAGACUGCCUACAGAGGGUAUAUCAAACGUCGCGAUUACCAAAGACAAAAGCAUGCCGCUGUCGUACUGCAAAGUGCACUUCGUAAAAUGUCGUCGCGUCACGAGUUGCAAGAGAAAAAGACAAUGCAAGCUGCUACCUACUUGCAGGCUAUUAUACGUGCCUGCAACGAUCGUCGUGACACUAGUCGUCGUUUGCGUGGUAUCGUCCGUCUUCAAGCCAAGUGGAGAGGUAAAAUGGCAAGAAAAGAGUACAAGGAUUUACGUAUCGAAGCGAGAUCACUAAAGACGGUUCAAGAAGCAAAGAAUCAACUCCAAGCCAAGCUCGAAGAGAUUCAAUGGAGAUUGACUACCGAACAACGUGCCAAACAACAUAUUGAAGAGACAAAGAUAAAGAUGGAAAAACAACUAGAACAAAUUCAAUCAACUCACGAUCACGUAUUACUAGAAUUGUCUGAAUACAAGAGUAAGAGUGAAUCAUUAGAGACUAGUAAUACAUCAAUGUCUGAUGAAUUGACUGUACUACGAAAGGAACUAGAAGAGACAAGACAGACAUUGUCCGAGCAUGUUGGUAGUUUAAAGAAAUUGGAAAGAGAGAAAUUGGAUUCUACAGAGACUAUAAAAUCGGUUUCCGAGGAAUUGGCAACAGUCAAACAACAAUAUGAAGAGACAAGUACAACCAAACAACAAUUGGAACAGUCUUUGAAGGAAUUAAAGUCGAGUACAACCGAUCACAUCAAGGAUUUGGAAAGUCGACUUGGAGAAAAGACUAUGGAUUGUGGUGUGGCAACUGGCGAAGUUGCUUCGUUGCGUAAACAAGUCGAGAGAUUAGAAGAAGAGACUGCAACGGUUGGACAUAUGCGUGAUACUAUUCAACGAUCGUUUGAUGAAUUGGUAGGAGAAAACGCAUCAUUACGUGAUGAAAUGGAACGUACCAGAGGUGUUGCCGGUGAUGAAUAUGAUCGUGUUGUUGCUAUCAAGGAAUCAACUGAAAAAGAGUUACACUCUACUCUAGAAAAUGUCUCUACUUUACAAGCUACAGUUGAACGUCAUCAACAACAACAUGCAGCAGAUACAGUAUCUUGGAAAUCAACCGAAGAAGGAAUGAAACAACAAAUUAAUCAACUUGUCAAUGGUGGAGAUGAACUACGUCUUAAACUAUCACAAAAGGAACAAGAACAUGUUCAACUCGUUGAAAAGUACAAAAAGAUUAAAGGAAAAUUGGAAAAUGUUGAACAAGAUAGUAGAGUUGCAAGUACCGACAAUGAAAAGAUUAAAAUGGCCAGACAAUUAUUGGAAGAUGAAAAAGGAUUGCUCAAUCAACAAAUUACAAGUGCCAAACUUGAAAAGGAGAAAUUAGAAGUGACCAAUCAACAUCAAAAGGAAAAGAUUACUCAAAUCAAGCAAACAUUGGAACAAUCAACACUAGAGAGCAACCGUAUCAAGAAUGACUUGUCAAAUCGUGAAAAUGAUAUUGCCAAGUUGAAUCUAGAGACAUCGGAUCUAAAGAACCAAAUUGCACGUCAGUCAAAGGAAAUAUUGGAAUUGUCAUCGUCUUCACAAAUCGAAAAGAGCAAGUCUGACUUGGGUAUUGUUCAAUAUGAACGUACGAUUAGUGACCAAAAGCAAGAGAUGGAGAAACAACAAUCAACCAUCAAGCAAUAUGAUCGUGACCUUGUUAGUGCACGUGAAAACCAAGCUCGUCUUGAAAUGGAAAUCAAACAGUUGACAAGUCUAAAGGAACGAUUUGAAAAUGAAUUCUUUGUUGCCACUACACAAAAUUCAUCAUCUGCUCAAGAGAGUGUCUAUCUUAAAGAGGUUACAACUCAGAUGCAACAGAAUCAAACACGUUUGGAAAAAGAGUUGGAAGACAAGAAACAAGUGAUCAAUCGUCUUGAAGACGAACGUGAUGAUAUUGUCAAAAAGCACGAUAUCCUAAACGUACAAUUUGACCAAGUGACCGAACAAUUGACACUUGUCAAAUCUGGUUUUGAAAGUCUCAAAAAUGUCAAGCUUCGUUCUAAAAAGGAAAAGAUUCAGGCUCUAGAAACCAACGUUUCACAACUGUCACAGGAAAUCCUUCAACUCAAGAAUGCUGGUACACAAAACCAAGAUUCUAUCCAUUUGGGCCAAGAACAAAUCAAGAAAUCCAAAGAGAAAUACCAUCAAAUCAAACAACAAUUGCAAACACAAAAAGAGACUGCCAUUAAAUUGGAAUCUGAAAAUUCAAUUCUUCGUCAACAACAAUCAUUUGUCGAACAGUCGUUUAAUGAAACCAAGAUGCGUAAUGCUGAUUUGAGCGAGUUGGUACUCAUCAACAAACAAAAGGUUGAGUUGGCUCAAAGUGAUAUGGAACGUCUUGCUAGCAUCAAGAGUAGCGAGAUGGAGAAUUUACGUACCAACAGUAAUCAAGAGAUUGAAUCACUCAGAGCAACUCUUGAUAGUUUACAGGUUAGCGAGCAGGCCACAUCUGCCAAACUUGCUGCAUUGGAAAGAGAAAGAGAACAAUUGGCCGAUGAAAAGAGUUCAGUACAAGAACAAUCGGCAGGUAUGGAAUCCGAGUUGGAACAAUUGAGACAAGAAAACGCACAACUUCGUCAUCAAGCAUUUGAAGAGAAAAAGUCACGUCGCAAGUCUGUCGAAAUUCAACAAGUACUCGAAGACGCCAAAGUGGUUCAAUCGGGAGAGAUUACAACACUCAAACAAAAUGUGGAGCAAUUACAAAGCGAAAAGGACGAGUGGAAGAACGAGCGUCUCAAGAUGAUGGAUGUUGUCGAGCGCAUGACCAGAGAACGCGAUGCAUUUGAACAAAAGUAUCAACAGUACAAUGACAAGUUCAAGGCAGUCGAUUUCCGUCUACGAAACUUCCAAAGUCUUGAAGAAAUCAUCAACUAUAAGGAAAGCGAUUGGGAAAAGCUGGCACGUAAUGCUGGUAACCAAGAAGUACCCACAAAAAUGUUGUCCAACUUUUUGUUGUCAUGCAAGCUCGAACACUCAACGUUGGCAUGUCAGUUGUGGUACCACCAAAUCUCAUACUGGAAGUGUUUUGAACGUAGUGAACCCUACAUCUUUAAGGGUAUCAUAAAGUCAAUCCUCGAGUUUACACGUAACCAUCAUGACGAACUCGAUCUCACUGCCUAUUUGUUGGCAUGUACAUCGUUAUUGUUGUAUGUCUUCCAAGCCAAGUUACCAACAGGAAAGACAACUAUUAUGCCUUCCAUCCCCUCGAUUGCCGAUAUUGAAGACACUGAAAACAUUCUAGAAUCUGAAUCGUCGGCCAAUCCAUCGGCUCAAUUUAUCGACCUCCUCCACCAAUCGGUCGGUCGCAGCUAUGGUAUGGCUUUCAAGACUGUCAUAUCCAAGCUUCAACCACUCAUUGAAGGAUCGAUAUUGAAUGAAAACUAUAAUCGUAAGAGUGUUGGCGUCAGCUCCAUCUCUUUGCACUCUAGUAAUUCCAAUAUCCAAUCGGCACCACUACUCCAAAUUGACCAUGUGACAAGCCACCUCUUUUCCAUUAUUAGUUUGUUCCAACAAAAGUGGAUUCACUUUUCACUGUCCCAACAAUUCUUUUCACAAAUCUUCCAUUGGAUUGGUAUCACCAUCUUUAACGGUAUCAUGCUUCGCCAAGCCUUUUGUACAGAAUCCUUUGCGCUCCAUCUCAAGUCCAAGAUUGACUAUCUCGUCAAAUGGGCCAAUGAAAUUGGUGAUGUAUGGGUUGGUCCCGUCGACUCUGCCUUUGUCAUUGUCAAAGAAAUCAUCGCCGUUCUCACCAACAAGGACAAGGAAAAGUUUGCCGAUGAAAAGUAUCGUAAAACCGUUUGCCCAUCAAUCAAUGCCAACCAACUCAAACAAGUCUUGUCCAUGUUUAGUCCAACUGAAUUUGGAAAGAAAGUAUCGGCAAAAACUCUCAACUCCUUUUCCACCAACAAACUGCCUAUCUCCCUCAACCAACCAAUCAUCAUGGAUGAAAAGAAAUUGUUUGCAUUCCCAAUCAAAUCACUUCAUUACUUUGAAAAAGAUGAUAUCAAUAAUAUGUCUAUCCCCUUAUCAAUUCGUUAUUCGAUAGAAACUGAAAUUAAAAAUAUUAGUUAUCGUUUAACUGAAGAAUAA